GUGCUCUCUGAGGGAGGAGGACAAGGCAAACAGCUGCUAGGGGGAGGAAGCGGUGGGAACCACAUUGGCGGGUCUGGGUUGGGGUUAAAGGGAGAUCAGAGGUUUGAUUUAGGACUACCAAAAGAGAGAGGACCGGUUUUACACCAAGCAUCAUGGCGUGGCCGUGCAUCACAAGGGCCUGCUGCAUCGCCCGCUUCUGGAACCAGCUGGACAAGGCGGACAUUGCGGUGCCGCUGGUUUUCACUAAGUACUCAGAGGCCACGGAUCAUCCAGGAGCCCCGCCGCAGCCGCCAGCGCCGCUGCAGUCAGCGAUAGCGCCCCCCUCGCGGGCUGUCGCCAUAGAGACGCAGCCGGCCCAGGGCGAGUCGGAUGUAGUUGCCCGGGCAACAGGGCCGGCGCCUAGGCCCAGCGGCGACCGGGAGACUGCAACCGCCCCCGGCCGGAGCGGGCUGGGUCUGGGCGCGGCCUCGGGCUCUACUUCCGGCUCAGGCCCCGCGGACUCGGUGAUGCGACAGGACUACCGCGCUUGGAAGGUGCAGCGGCCAGAGCCCAGCUGCCGGCCGCGCAGCGAGUACCAGCCGUCCGACGCGCCCUUCGAGCGCGAGACCCAGUACCAGAAGGACUUCCGCGCCUGGCCCCUCCCUCGCCGCGGGGACCACCCCUGGAUCCCCAAGCCGGUGCAGAUUCCUUCGACUUCGCAACCUUCCCCAUCUGUUCUUGGGGUGCCCAAGCGUCGGCCGCAGAGCCAAGAGCGCGGGAUCAUGCAGACCUCUGCGGAAGCCCGGGACCCGGAAGGCGCUGGAGGAGCCGGGGUGCCGGCGGCAGGAAAGGCGUCCGGAGCAGACCUGCGCGACACACGCAGGAGGGCCGGGCCCGCCUGGAUGGUGACUCGCACCGAAGGGCACGAGGAAAAACCGCUGCCCCCGGCCCAGUCCCUGACCCAGGAGGGCGGCCCUGCAGCUGGCAAGGCCUCUGUUGCAGACCUGCGCGACACACGCAGGAAGGCCGGGCCCGCGUGGAUGGUGACUCGCACCGAAGGGCACGAGGAGACGCCUCUGCCUCCGGCCCAGUCCCUGACCCAGGAGGGUGGCCCUGCAGCUGGCAAGGCCUCUGGUGCAGACCAGCGUGACACACGCAGGAAGGCGGGGCCGGCCUGGAUGGUGACUCGCACCGAAGGGCACGAGGAGAAGCCUCUGCCCCCGGCCCAGUCCCUGACCCAGGAGGGUGGCCCUGCAGCUGGCAAGGCCUCUGGAGCAGACGAGCGUGACACACGCAGGAAGGCGGGGCCGGCAUGGAUGGUGACUCGCACCGAAGGGCACGAAGAAAAACCGCUGCCCCCGGCCCAGUCCCUGACCCAGGAGGGCGGCCCUGCAGCUGGCAAGGCCUCUGGAGCAGACCAGAGUGACACACGCAGGAAGGCGGGGCCGGCAUGGAUGGUGACUCGCACCGAAGGGCACGAAGAAAAACCGCUGCCCCCGGCCCAGUCCCUGACCCAGGAGGGCGGCCCUGCAGCUGGCAAGGCCUCUGGUGCAGACCAGCGUGACACGCGCAGGAAGGCCGGGCCCGCGUGGAUGGUGACUCGCACCGAAGGGCACGAGGAGACGCCUCUGCCUCCGGCCCAGUCCCUGACCCAGGAGGGUGGCCCUGCAGCUGGCAAGGCCUCUGGUGCAGACCAGAGUGACACACGCAGGAAGGCGGGGCCGGCCUGGAUGGUGACUCGCACCGAAGGGCACGAGGAAAAACCGCUGCCCCCGGCCCAGUCCCUGACCCAGGAGGGCGGCCCUGCAGCUGGCAAGGCCUCUGGUGCAGACCAGCGUGACACGCGCAGGAAGGCCGGGCCCGCGUGGAUGGUGACUCGCACCGAAGGGCACGAAGAAAAACCGCUGCCCCCGGCCCAGUCCCUGACCCAGGAGGGCGGCCCUGCAGCUGGCAAGGCCUCUGGUGCAGACCAGAGUGACACACGCAGGAAGGCGGGGCCGGCAUGGAUGGUGACUCGCACCGAAGGGCACGAAGAAAAACCGCUGCCCCCGGCCCAGUCCCUGACCCAGGAGGGUGGCCCUGCAGCUGGCAAGGCCUCUGGAGCAGACGAGCGUGACACACGCAGGAAGGCGGGGCCGGCCUGGAUGGUGCAUCGCUCUGAGGGGCACGAGCAAACAACCACUGCCUAUGCCCAAGCCGCAGGGCUCGAAGGUGGCAAAGGGCGCGCCGUGGCAGAUGCCCUCAAUAGGCAAAUCCGAGAGGAGGUGACGAAUACAGUGAGCAGCUCCUACAGGAACGAAUUCAGAGCAUGGACAGACGUCAAGCCUGUGAAACCGAUCAAAGCCAAGCCCCAGUACAAGCCCCCAGAUGACAAGAUGGUCCACGAGACCAGCUACAGCGCCCAGUUCAAAGGGGAGGCCAAUAAGCCCACUGCAGCUGACAAUAAGGCCAUGGAUCGCAGAAGAAUACGAAGCCUCUACAGCGAGCCUUUCAAGGAAUCCCCAAAGGUAGAGAAACCUAGUGUUCAGAGUUCCAAACCAAAAAAGACCUCAACGAGCCAUAAGCCCCCGAGGAAGGCCAAAGACAAGCAGGUGGUAUCGGGCCAGGCCGCCAAGAAAAAGACCACAGAGGGCCCCAGUGCCACCAAACCCGACGACAAGGAGCAGAGUAAAGAGAUGAACAAUAAACUGGCUGAGGCGAAAGAGAGCCGGGUCCAACCCACCAGUGAUGCACAAAAGAGUCAAGGUCCUGUACCCAAAGAAUCACACAAGGAUCAAGGCCCCGGGCUCCCUGGGCUUCCGAAAGGCCAAGGUCCUGUGGUCCAAGAGCCUCCAAAGGACCCAGGCCCCAUGGUGCCAGAACUGCCAAAGGAUCAAGUCCCUGUGGUCCCAGGGUCCUUAAAGGACCAAAGCCCUACACCCCUGGGCCCUCCAAAAGACCAAGGUGCUGUAUUCCCAGGGCCCAUGAAGGAUCUAGGACCAGUGGCCCCAGCACCAGCCAAGGAUCAAGACCAUGUGGUGUCUGAGCCUUUAAAGAAUAAAGAUUCUGUCAUCUUAGCACCAGCCAAAGCGCACAGCCCUUUGCUGCCGGAACCUCUGAAGAAGCAGAGUCCUGUGGUCCCAGCAAGAGCUGAGGAUCGAAGUCCCCCAGCAACAGCACCCUUGAAGGACCCAGGUCCUGUGGGUUCUGAACCUGGGAAAGAUGGAGCUCCGGUGGUCCCUGAGCAUAGGAAGGACCAGAAUGCCACAGUCACAACACCUUUGAAGAGUGAGGCUCCUGUGGCCCCUGAGUCCAUGAAGAAUCAAGGCUUAGCAGACCCAGAGUUAGUCAAAGAUACAGGUACAGAUACAGUGGUCCCCAGGCAGAUGAAGGGAUAUGAUUCUGUGUUUGUAGCACCUAUAAAGAGCCAAGGUUCAGUGACCCCUGAGCCAGUGAAGAGCCAAGACCCCAUUAUCCCAGCACUAGCCAAGGAUCAAGGUCCCAUGGUUCCAGAGCCUCCAAAGAAUCAAAGCCCAGUGGUUCUUGGACCUGUAAAGAGUCAAGACCCUAUAAUCCCAGUACAUCUGAAGAGUCAGGAUCCCCCGGUGCCAGUCCCAACAAAGGACCAAGGUCCUAUGGCCCCUGACCCUCUGAAGACUCAAGGUCCCAGAGGCCCUCAACUGUCCACGGUCUCACCCUCACCUCCAGUCAUGAUCCCAACAGUUCCCCAUGCAGAAUACAUUGAGGGAUCCCCUUGAUUCCCCUGAAAUGCCAUGAAGGAGCUCGUGGUGAAAGUGCCCCCCUCCUGGGGAGGCAAAGACAUAUAUUUAAUCUGCAUGAAACCGUGCUGUAUAGCCUUGCUGGAAUCUAAUAAAACCGGUCCCUCUGGCUCA